UUACUCAUCCACGGCAAGAUCUGCAACAACCUCCCUCCAUCUGAACAGCAAGAACCGAGCCCAACAUGCCGAUGGAAUAACAUUGUCCCCUUACAGGAUCUGGAAAAUCUUUACAAUAGAGGCUGCCAGCAAUGGCGGUGGCAAAUGGCCAUGCUCCGAAGGACGCAACUAGCGACCGCACCUCUAGACAAUCCAAUGUUUCCACGACGAAUGAUUCUGCUACCACGAAAAGCACUAACUGCAACGGGAGGGCAACCAAUAGCGCCGCUCCGGAUACUCCCACAACCAAAUCAACAAAUGCCCAAGCAACCCAAGCAAAUCCCCAUCCCAACCCCAGACCCGCACGCAAAAGGAAGCCCAAUCCAAACCAAAUCUACACAUCCCCUCUCCCUCUGACAAUCCACCCUCUCCCUGCCUUCCACCCCUCCCACCCUCUCUCCCUCCUCCACCUCGUAGCAACCUACCUCUCCCACCUCCUCUUUCCCCCAUCCUCCCACCCUUCCCCACUUUACCCCGGCGUCUUCAGCCCGGAGACCCACAGCGUCCACGUCACGGACCCGAGGGCCGUGAAGGCGUUGUGGGAGAUGGGGUUCUGGGGCAAGGGAAGUUUGAGUCGGAGCGAGAUGGGUUGGUUGGAGCGGGAGAAGGCGAGGAGGAAGGAGGCGAAGGGUGCGAGGGAGGGGCGGGUGAAGGUGGCGCCAGAGGACGCGACGAAAGCGCGUAGGGAGGAGAGGAGGAUGUUUAAGCUUGAGCGCGCGAGGGCGGAGAGGGAGAGGAUCUUAAGGCAGAGGGCUGUUGAGGAGGGGGGGGCGGUGGAGGAGGGUGGAGAGCAAUAUCCUCCUAAUGGGACUAAGCGUGACGAACAAGUUCUAGAUCCGUUGAUGAGGAACGAGACUGAUCUCCAAGUGGAAGACGGUAGGCCGGGCGAGCGAGUUCCCGAUUCAGAGCUACUAGACCCAGCGACUGCAACGGAGCACGAUCCGCUAAUACCAAACGGCAACCCCACGGCAGAAACGCCGGCCUCGGAAUCACGCUCUCAGACUCGGAGAAGGGAGCAAGUGGGCGAAGACGCGGAAGACGACGAGCCUGAACCCGACAUCAAGAACCAGGAACAUCUUCAGCUCACGCCCGAAGAAGCCUUCUUCCUCUCCUACGCCCUCGGAGUCCUCGCCGUGACGCACCCGAACUCCACAUCAUCCAAGAAGCUCUCGCCACCGGAGCUGCUGGACUUGUUCGCGACCCCGCACAAACCCGCCUCAUCUUCAGUGACGAAGCAUCAGGCCCUCCUCCAGCAUCCCGCCAUAUCUCUCAACGAUCAACCCUUACACGCUCGCGACGUCAGCCGCCAGGUUACCGAUUCCAAUGCGGUCACAGAGCCUUCCCUGUCGCCCAGCGCUAGCACCGAUCGAAGCGUAAUCGACAUCGAACCGGACAACCCUUUCCUCCUCUCCUACGCAACAUACCAUCACUUCCGCUCUCUCGGCUGGGUCGUACGGCCGGGCAUCAAGUUCGGGGUCGACUUCCUGCUCUACAACCGCGGACCAGUCUUUAGUCAUGCCGAAUUUGCUGUCGUCAUCAUGCCUGCUUAUACGCAUACGUAUUGGGCGACUGCCAAAGGGAGGUCAUUGCGCAGGAGGGAAGGGAACGGGGAGAAGGAUUGGUGGUGGCUGCAUGCGCUCAAUCGCGUGCAGAGUCAUGUUGUUAAGACGUUGGUGUUGUGUUAUGUCGAUGUGCCUCCUCCGCCGCCAACGACUACAGGGACGGGCAGUGUGAGCGAUGUGACGGCGUUGUUCGCGCGGUAUAAGAUCAGAGAGUUCAUCGUGAGGAGAUGGAGUGUGAAUCGGAUGAGAGGGUGAUGAUGUAGAAACGUGUCGCGACGAAUACCUCGUUAUACAUACUUUGCUGAGGCCAUUUGUGUUGAUUCUACCUCAGCCGCCUGGCCCAUCAUACUUGAUCCUGUUCCGAGCACGAGGAGUCUAUGGGUGGGUCAUGUACCUGGCUUCUAUACAGCUUUCUGGACUCUGAGGACCUCGACGAUGUACUGCAAGCCAGCGUGAAUACGUCUUCCGUCAACGGGAAUCGUUCUGCGUGGUCACGUAAAGUCUUAUACUUGUAAACGCUCCAUACAUGCUGUAGUCCCUUCCGCUGUUAACAUGCGAGUUCGUAGUAGUAAUGUAGCUG